AUUUAGCAGGUCACUAUGAUAUGGGAGAAGCUGAAGCCUCCAGAGCCAGACGAUCGUAUGUGUUGCUGCGAAUGUGAUAUCAACCAGUGCAGGUGUUGCUGUGACUGUGAAGACCUGGAUGAAGCUUUCAGUAGCUGGCUGAAGGAGAAACCACCUUCUUGUGGGAUCCAGUGUCCUGCCUUUGGGACCAUGAUGGACAACAUGAAGAUCUCCAUGAUCCCAGCUCUGCUUCUACUGCCUCUCCUGCUGAAAGCUGCAGCUCUUCACUACCUGCUGGGCAUUAUCAUCCUGACGGCUCUGCCAGGCCUGGUGCUGUCUUACUACUAUGCCACGCACCGAAGGAAAAGGCGCACCCUCUUCUUCCUCACCCUUGCACUGUACUCUCUGGCCUACAUGUAUUACCUCUUCAUCACAGAGAUCUUACCCCGUGGAGAUGUAAGCCCACUGCAGACGUUUGCUGUGACCACUGGGAUGAUUCUCACCAUAGUGUCCCUUAUUCACACUAAGAGAGGUCCGGGAUUUGUCACUGCCUCACUGCAUGAAGCAAACCAUCAGCAGAUGGAUGCGGAGAAUGAGUUAACCAAUUCUGAUGGAUGUAUUCAGUCAGCAGACUCAGAAAAGACAAGAAAACAUCCAAAUUCAACAAAAUGGACCUUGUGUCCUGUGUGCAAAAUAAUGCGACCCCCGCGUGCUGGACACUGCAGAACCUGUGGAUUAUGUGUUCAACGUCUGGACCACCACUGUGUCUGGAUAAACAGCUGCGUGGGACAAGCAAAUCACCGCAGCUUCCUGCAGACCCUCUGUGUGUUUGUGCUGACUGCCGUGUACGGGAUCAGUGUGGUGCUCCGCAGCCUCUGUCCUCGUCAGUAUCUGAUGACGGCCCUCUUCUACUGCCCCGGCGUCUACAGCCAGCCCAGCACGGCCCUUUGCUUCACCUGCUGUUGGUACAGCAGCAUUAUCACUGUUGGAUUGAUCUACCUUCUGGUAGCUCAGGUUGUGAACAUCAGCUUCAAUGUGACUGGGCGCGAGGCUCAGCUGGCUGUGAGGAACAAAAAGGGCCAAAGCCGUCUGUGGGGACUCGUCAUCGACACUGGGGAGUAUUCACGUGGUUUCUAUCAAAACUGGGUUGAGUUCCUCACCAUGACAGAUUCUUUUAUGUCAUUUCACUCCACAGGGAAGUGGUACCUUAUCGGAUUUGCAACCAACGCCCAGUGGUUCGUGAAACGCAAAGCUACAAUGAAAAUGGGCACUGCCAUGCUAAACCCAACUGCAGAGGGAGACUUGGAUAUUUCAUACGCCAGUCUCAGCUCUGAUGGUUCUUGCUGGAGAAAGAACAGCCUGGCCAAGAAGACAGACACGCCUGGGAGGUUUACAUACACUUGUCAGCGUUGGGGGAGUGAGAACGACAUGCGUGUGGUGGAUGUCAACUAUGAACAGUAUGCACUGAUCUACACCACAAAAAAGAAGGCGGGAGAGCUCACCACUGUCACCAAACUUUACGGCCGUGAAGAGGAAGUUGGAGCUGAGGUGAUGGAGAAAUUCAGACAGCUGUCCUUGGAGGCCGGCGCUCUGCCUGAAAACAUUGUUUUCCUUCCUAAACAACCCGAGUGCCCAGCUGCCUAAUUUUCCUUCUCCGCUCAUCAUGUCAGAGAUGCAAACUGCAGAUCGUCAGCAUUACUGUGGAAAGAUUCAUCCAGCAUAUCUACUUGCAUAAAAAUCUUCAACCACGCCGCUUUUCCAUUUACCUUUGCACAAACUUUGAACUCUGCUGGCAAAAUAAAACAACAUUUAAAAUA